AUGACUAAAAAUACAGGCAAAAAUACGUCAUAUAUUCAACAACCUGGCAAUGGAAACCCAAUUCACUUACAUAUACCUGGCGAUACACCGAUCCAUCUUCAUGUCAAUAAAAAAACACAGGUGUCUCGUAAGCCUGGUUCGACAACUCCAAAAACACCUGAUACCAGUCAGUACCAAGCACCAUGGGUCCCACCACCAGGAAAAACAAGUUCAGGGCGGUACGUAUACGACCCGACACGUCGCGUAAGAAUGAAGUCUAAUGAAAGGAAACCCCGAUCACGUUCUGUGGAAUCUAUUAGUGAUGUACAUAAGGAUUUUAUACAGUUAAAUGGUAUGGAAUCUGACAAAGAGCCACAGGAUCAGUACUCUAAACAAUUUAGUCCCCAUGAUAAUAUUUCGAUGCAAGAGCAACCAUAUAGUUCUGUGAAGCAUAAGGAAACAAUUAAGCCUACCUAUAUCGCAGGAAAGAACAAGGAUUUUGAAGGCAGACUAAAUGAUGGAUCAUUGUUGACAAAUGUGGUUUUAGAUGAAUGGAUUAAAGACUUGGAUACUGCGACUAAUCAUAUUGCGAAAUCAGCAAGAAAUAUAGUGGAUUGUCUAGAACAGGUUGCAUAUGAAGGAAGACGUGUUGACUCACAUGAUAUGUCACGUAUUGUUCAACCAAGGGAUGAGUUACUAUUACAUGCUGAAGUCGCUGGGUGUGCAGGACGAGAGUUAUGUCGCUGGGCUUCAAGUAUUCAACAACAACAAGAUCAAAUUUUAAAUAAUCGCUUAGCUCAGACACAAAACCGUGAAGCCACUUUAACCUCUGAAGUUCGACGUUUGACAGAAAAACUGGGCCGAAUGGAAGUUGAUUUGGAACUGGCUCGUAAACAAUUGGAUGAACAACAAAAUGAAAGCUUAAAAUUCAAUACAGUACAUGAAUCCAUGGAGUCUGUUAAAAAUCACUUGCAACGUCAACUACGUCAACGUGAAUCAGAAUGCAGCCGUUUGUCUGUCCAAGUACGUAAUUUGGAAACUCGUCUAGCAGAACAGCAAGCACAGAAUCAAGCUCGUCUGGAAACAGCUGAAGUCAGUUUAGAACGUAUGCGAGAAACAAAAGAAGCAUUGAAACGAGCUGCUAAGUCACAGAAACGUCGUGCAGAUGAAGCUGAAGAAGCAUAUCGUGAAAUUUCUCACAAGCUUGCUACUCAAGAGUCUAUUAUAGCUGGUUUUCAGAUGGAAUCGGAAAACUGUGCUCUUAGAUCUAGAGGUCGUAGCAAGGAGCGUCAGUUAAAUGAUGUAGGUAUUAUGCAUGAUGGUGGAAUAGUAGAUUCAAAUAAAUCUAUGUAUGCAAAUGGUGAUAAGAGUUUAAGAGAGGAAAAUCUCCGAUUACGUGAAGUAGCUUCGAAAUGCGAACAACGUUUACAUGCAGCUGAAGAAGAACUACAGCAUCUGCGUACUAGUUUGUCCACUUGUGAAGCUUUACUAAAUGAUUAUCACGGAGAUGCUGCAAUGCAGGCUAGUCGACUACAUACGUUGAAUGAACGAUUAAAAAAAACAGAAUCUGACAGAGAGCGUAGUCAGAUUCAGUUGGAUGAUGUGGAACAAAGAUUGCUUGAAGCAGAACACCGUAAUCGUAUUCUAGAGGAUGCGUUACAAUCAAAAGAAUCCCAGAAAGGCGAUUAUGUGGCUAGCACUCCGGUCAAUACAAAACAAUCAUCGAAAUUAGGAGAAUGCGACCAACAAUUGCAUUUGGACCGUGAGGAUUAUUCUGGUCAGAACAGUCAACUGAAUGGAAGUGCUAAUAUAGGCAUAUCAAAAGAUCAAAAUAUAACAGGUACAACAAAUAAUGAAUUAAUUCAAGAACUAAGAAGAGAAUUAUGUGAAGCUCAGAACGAAAAAAAACAAAUAGAAAGUCGUACUGAAAUAUGUUUAAAUGAUUUGAGAGCUCAAUUGAAUCAAGCUGAUGCAACGAACCGAAGUUUACAGGCAUAUUUAACAUUUUUAAAGCGUUCUUAUGCUAGUGUAUUCCAACCGGACAUGUUAAUAAAUCCUUCAUUAAUCAGUCCUUGUCAACCUAUUGCAUGUUCGUUAACAACUCAACUGACUACCAAUAAUACAAUAUCAAAAACUACACAUCGUGAAUGUGUAUAA